AUGACAGAGGAGAUCGAUCGCCAUGUUUUGAGGAAGUACGAGAUCGUACAGAAGUUGGGUCGAGGGGCUUACGGUAUCGUAUGGAAGGCUAUUGAGAAACGUACACGAGAAGUAGUUGCCUUGAAGAAGUGCUUUGAUGCCUUCCAAAACGCUACUGAUGCUCAGAGGACCUUCCGAGAGAUCAUGUUCCUACAGGAGUUGAAUGGUCAUGAUAACAUUAUUCGGCUCCUAAACGUGCUUAAGGCCGAUAAUGACCAGGAUAUAUAUAUAGUAUGUGAUUAUAUGGAGAGUGACCUUCAUGCAGUUAUAAGAGCUAAUAUACUAGAGGAUAUACAUAAACAAUACAUCAUAUAUCAACUACUGAGGGCUUUGAAAUAUAUGCAUACGGGCCAGAUGCUCCACCGAGACAUCAAGCCGUCGAAUAUUCUCCUCAACUCAGAUUGCCAAGUGAAGGUGUGUGACUUUGGCCUGGCACGCUCAGUCGUACAGAUGCAGGAUGCUAGUUCUAAUCCGGUCUUAACGGAUUAUGUGGCGACGAGAUGGUACAGAGCUCCUGAGAUAUUGCUUGGUUCGACCAGCUACACAAAAGGUGUCGACAUGUGGUCGGUGGGAUGCAUCCUCGGUGAGCUCAUCUCGGGUAAGCCUAUCUUCCCUGGUACCUCUACAAUGAACCAGUUGGAUCGAAUACUGGAGGUCACUGGGCGUCCAACGGCCAAUGACAUCGAGGGUAUGCAAUCACCCUUCGCUGCGACGAUGCUUGAGUCACUACCAGCGACACGUCCGAGGCCUCUAACGGAGAUGUUCCCAUCAGCAAGUGUGGAGGCACUCGACUUACUCAGGCUUUGUCUGCAGUUUAACCCGGGGAAGCGGAUAUCAGCUACUGAAGCAUUGAAGCAUCCAUAUGUGGUGCAGUUCCACAAUCCUGAUGAAGAACCGUCAUGUCCGGCUGUGAUACGUAUCCCUAUCGACGACAAUACUAGACUAACUGUUAGUGAUUAUAGAGAUAGACUGUACAGUGAAGUGAUGAAGCGUAAGAAGGAACAAAGGAGGCAAUUGAAGAAACAAAUGGAACAACAACAAACAACAACAACUAGCGCCCCGGCUCAGCCACGAGUACCUCUGGUGUGGGGGGCCGGUAUCAUCCUACAGCCCAUCCACCAAGUACAAGUACUGGGCCUGCCUAUGGGCACCACCAUCACGCUGGCCGUAGUACGGCUCCUGGCCCUUCUGGUAUGUCUCGAUCCUCGAACUUCACCGCUAAUGGCGGGGGCAUGGGCAGUUAUGGUACUCAGCCUCAGAAGGUAUCUCGACAAGGGUAGCGACAUGGAGGGGGUCAAUUGA